GACAGCUAUAAAAUUUUCGCGCCGCUACAUCUUUUUCACAAGAAGAUCUGAAUUCUGAAAUAUUUUAAACCAAUUUGAUUAUCUAUAAGAUAUUAUUAAUUUUUGUUAUUUUUCCUUAAAAUGCCGCCUCAAAAGAGAAAAGAAAAAGAUUCAGACAUGUACAAAUUAAGUGGCAUUCAGGCUGAUCAGGAAUUGUUUUUGCAAGCGUUUGAAAAGCCAACACAAAUAUAUCGUUUUCUUAGGAAUCGCCAUGGAACAAGUCCAAUAUUUUUAAACCGUACGCUUAGCUACAUGAAAGACCGAAUGUCAAGAAGUAAUAAAAAGCGAGCGACAUUCAAAGUCAAUACACUUCUUGAUACCAUUUCACAUAAGACCGAUACUGUUGGAAACUAUUUGAACAUAGUGUUCAUGGGACUUUUUGACAAAAAUGAAGAAGCCGAGGAGUGGAAAACUGGUGACAUGGUUAACGUUCAUACGACAAUGUACAAAAUAACUAAAAAUAAGCGCAAAGAGAGCAAUGCAGAUUUCCAGGAGAUUUUGACUCAUCUUUCAAGUGUUACCAUAAAUCCACCUACCGAUCUGGACAAGUAUUCAGCUGUCUGCAUUCCAAUGCAAGCUUUGCGGCCGCUGAGUGAUCAGCAUACUAUCUAUAAGGUAUUGUUUAGAGUCGAGGUUCUGCCUAUAUUUAAAUCCAGCUUGGAAAAUGAAGAUGAUUUACCUUCAAAGCGACCCAAAUUGUGUUCAACAAACUUCGGAUGCGAACUCGUGGUUUUUGAGAAAAACUGUGGAAGCAUUGGGGAGGGUGAGUACGAAGCAGCGCUUCAGGAAUUCUCUUCAACUAGUUUUAAGUGUUUCUCACCAAAAAAACGAACAUGGGAAACACUACCAGACAGCUACAUUCCAGUAACUCUCAAAUUUGAAGUUUUCAACCAAUGCCCCAUGUUAAAGUUUCGCUUAAAUUGGUCAAAUGCGUCCAUAUCAAAUUCUGUUACUGCCAAAGAUAUAUGCAAAAAUGAGGUUAUGGACUUGAAGAAUUUUGAAAGCAAUAAUACAUCUGCGAAUGUUAACAACAAUUCCAUAAACGCUCAGCCAAAUGCGUUCAAACCCAAAAUUGUAAUUGAAGAAAAGCUUCAAAUAGUUUAUAACUUCAUAUAUAGCAAUAAUACACGACAACAAACGGAAUACACCCAGGAGGUUGUUUGUCCGUGGUGUGGUCUAGAUUGUUUACGAUUAUAUGCUUUAUUAAAGCACUUAAAACUUUGCCACGCUCGCUUUAAUUUUACAUAUCAUCCCGCUGGCAAUGGGGCCCGUAUAGAUGUGACAAUAAAUGAUUCAUAUGACGGUUCGUAUGCUGGUUCACCCUACGACUUGGUAGGCCCAUCUGGAUGUUCUUUUGCGAGAACAUGCGGCCCAGUGAGGCGAACAUCUGUAACCAAUUUGCUUGUAUGUCGUCCACGACGUCAAAAAACAUGUCUGGACGAGUUCCUUGUGUUGGAUGAAGAUGAUUUAACAAAUCAAAGACCCUAUAUUACAGGACAUAACCGGCUCUACCAUCACACCGAAACAUGCCUACCAGUCCAUCCGAAGGAAUUGGACAUCGAUUCCGAAGGAGAAAGUGAUCCGCUUUGGCUGCGCCAAAAAACCGUUCAAAUGAUUGACGAAUUCUCUGACGUUAAUGAAGGUGAAAAGGAAUUAAUGAAGUUAUGGAAUCUUCACGUUAUGAAGAAUGGCUACGUUGGAGACUGUCAGCUUGCAUUGGCCUGUGAUAUGUUCUUGGACUCCAAGGGACGUGAAAUCAUUCAAAAAAAUUUGUACCGCAAUUUUAUUUUGCACAUGUGUUCAUUGUUUGAUUAUGGGUUGGUUUCACCAGAGACAUUAUAUAAGACCAUUCAAAAACUCCAAGGAAUUCUAAGCAAAUAUCCAGAAGGCCAAAAGUUAAUAUCAGAAUCUCGGGAGAACCAGUUAGACUUCUGGCUUAAAGUGGGAAUCCAUAAACAAGUCGAACAAAAACUUAAGUCUCCUCAAAAACAAAUUGAGAGUAGUAAUUUAACAGAAAGUUGCUCUGCGGUUUCAUUAAAUACCCAGUCUUCGAAGACAAUGAGGCCCCCAAAGCCAAAAACUACACCUAUCAGCAAAAGUUCUUUUGGAAACACUACUUUAAAGAACCACUUAAAUCAAUCAUCGUUAAGCGAAACCACAUUACCAAAAAAUAAUUCUAGUAAAAUAGAAAAACGAUCACCCUCCGAUACGAACUCAUCAAAGCUCAAUACCGAAACAACAGUACCUAAACCCUUGAUGAAAAGGAGGCUCUCCCUUUUAAAAGAUUCAUCACCGUCAAAACAAAAAAGUACUCCGCAAAAAUCGACUUCCCUUCAAUCUAUAGAGAAGCAGUUGCCAGUACAUCAGAUCAUAACCCGACGACAAUCGAUUUCAGCUCUGGGUCAUCAGCAAACUCAUUCCCUACGGACGCGGCUCUCUGUGCCGUUAACUAAAGCAGAUAAAGAGAAACAUUAAAUGUUUUACUUGAUAAUUUGUUUGUAUACAUGUGUAAUUGAAAAUUAAUUCAAAUAUAGAGAGAUCAAAAAGGAGGUAAAAACAUAUCUCGAAUUUGUAAAAUCAAACGCCUAAUCAAAGGGAAACAUGAAAAAAGUCAGUGAUUGUUUUGCUAUAACUUGCAGUUUCCUUGAUAACCAUCUUUCAACCAGAAUUUGUACUUUAUU